UUAGAACUUAAAGAGUGAUCGUCUGGUGAUCGUGUGAUCGUCCGGUCACAUUGUUUAGUGCUCUCUGUCAUCUAGUAAUUGUUUCUACUUUUUCAGUGCAUCAUACAUCAGUUGUUUCUCAAGGUGAGAUUCCCAUGCUUUCUGUUGAAUGAACGAAGUACUGCAAAGUGCAAAUAUUAUAUAGGUAUAUAACUUGCCUCUUGCAUCCGUGAUUCGGUGGUGCAUCGCCGUUCUCCGCAUUCCAUUGGAUUGGUCGUCGUUGUGAGCUUCGCAUCGCAGAGAUCUGCAUCCAGAGAUCGCGCGAUGGGCCUCAAGGAAUUUAAAAUACACUUUGACAGCCCGUACGCUACCUACCAUCCGGAACAGACAGUCACUGGAAAAAUCAUCCUCGAGCUUGAUUCCCCCAAAAAAAUACGAGGUAUCAAAUUGAGCGUUAAGGGAGAAGCUGAUACUUAUUGGUCAACUGAUAGGGAGGAAUUAAACAAUGAAGGUCGUUACAUUAAUGAGACGGACGUAGUUACUGGCCAUGAGGAUUACUUUAAGGCUCAUUUUUACGUUCUUGGAUCAGAAUCAAGUCAAGAAAUAGAAUUACCCGCUGGAACGCACACUUAUCCCUUUAACUAUGUGCUUCCUCCCAAUUUGCCAAGUAGUUUUGAGUCUGACUUUGGGCGUAUUCGCUAUACAGCCAAAGCAGUCUUGGAUCGCCCAUGGAAAUUCGAUCAAGAAACUAAAGUAGCUUUUACAGUUGUCUCUCACUUUGAUUUGAAUAAAGAGUCAAGUGCUUCGGAACAAGUUGAUCUUGAAGAAAAUAAGACAUUUUGCUGUCUAUGCUGUGGAACUCCACCACUGUCUGUUAAUGUUAGGCUGCCUGUAAGAGGAUAUGUACCAGGACAGGCAAUACCUGUCAAAGUGAAUGUUGAAAAUCAAUCUGGCGUUACAGUUGAUACAAUAAAACUUAAACUUGUCAAGAUAAUAACGUAUUCUGCAACUACACCACGUACCGAAAAGAAAGUUGUGGAUCUGACAGUUUCAGAGGUAAGCAAGGGACCAGUAAAUGGGAAUGAAACGACAAGUUAUGAACAAAACCUGGAUGUACCUCCUCUACCUCCAUCAUUCCUCAAUCAUUGUGGUCUGAUAGAUUUGGAGUAUAAAUUAACAAUAGAAGCUUGUGUCUCAGGACUCUACUACAAAAAUCUAAGGGCUGAAACCAAGAUUUUGAUUGGGACUGUACCGCUAUCCAACUAUCAAAUGCCAUCACCGCCGAAUUAUUCAACACCAGAGUUUACAAAUAAAUCGGACGAGGCUGCACAGGGAGGAAUGUAUCCACCCAUAGCUCCUUCUGCACCUAUGGAACCUGCUAGUUACAAUCCCCCAAGUCUUUAUCCCAACCUUGCUCCACCUACUUAUGAGGAAUCGCAAUUUCGCUCAAGGGGUCUUAGAGACCGUGAAGAAUCAGAGCAUGUGAUCGGCGCAGGUGAUCGCUUUGCACCAAGAUAUCCAGUUUACAAUUUCAAGCCUUCGGAAUAGUUGCCUUUUUCAAUCGAUCUGAUGAACAAAGUAUAUGUUGUGAUAAUAUAGAGGCAUUUGUAUGCUGCAUGGCCUAUUUGCUUCUUGAAUUGCAAUUCAAACAAUAUUAAAACAAGACUUACAUUUUAUAUUUUUAAGACAAAUGUUUAUAUUAUAUGAUUGCAUCGACGCACAAGCAUACAAAACAAUUUAUAUAUUUGCCUUUUUGUAUAAAAAAAAAUUAUAUACCUCAUCUAAGCGUCAAUUAUAUAACUAAUGUAUUAUUUUUUCGACAAAUGUGUAUAUUCUUAUUAAUGUUAAGUACGAAUAAAAUUAAUCUCUGUAA